CAAAUGGACUCUGCAGCGGUUUGCGGUAAAAACAUGAAAAAUGUGAUCGAGCCGCGCAGAUUAAAGCGAGUAAAAUGCCUGGACAGAAGAGGAGAUAUAAUGUACGGUUCCCUCCUAGUCGCAUCAAGAAGAUCAUGCAGAAAGACACAGAGGUGGGGAGGAUUGCGAUGGCGGUUCCUGUGAUCAUCUCUCGGGCGUUGGAGAUGUUCCUGAAGUCUCUGUUGACCAAAACCUGUCUGAUAACUCAGUCAAAGCUCAACACUGUCAUGUCUGUAGCUCACAUGAAGCAGUGCAUAGAGUCAGAGAAGCUCUUCCACUUCUUGAAAGACCUGGCAGAGCGAGCGACAUCUACGGCAGCCCAGAAGGACAACAGAGGCAUGAGUAUGUGGCCAUUGUACAGAACCAAACGGCCUGAGGUUCCUGUUAAAAAACCCUCUGAUGUGGGUGAAACGGUUCCGCGAAGGAGCCUCGACUCACUCGACAACGACUCGAGCUCCAGUGAGUCGGAGCUCUACAUCUGCUUAUGACUGAGUGUAACACCAGCGGAAACUGCUGUCAACUUCCAGUCGUCUCUUCGUGCCAUUCUGGUUUAAGCUUCACUGGCUCUGUUCGCCAUCUUAGUCAGAAAGAAGUAAUAUUCGUUAUCACAAGAUAAUAGCUGACACAAAUCAACACAAACGUUUUUGGGUGGAAACAUUUUGGUUAUGUGGUUUGUCAGACCUUUGCUAAAACACAGUUUUUGAAUAUAUUUGUUUUUGUUUUCUUUAAAAAAAAAAAGUGACCUUCUUGUUUGUAGCAGACGUGUUUUAGGGCGACAUGAAGAACUUGAACUGUGUGUGUAAGUUUGCACUGAAUAAUUCAAUGAAAUUGUGAAAUUUUAAGUUCUAAAUGUUAUGUUGAUCGGGAAAUUUUUGUUUGUGUCGCACAUUUAAGAGCUUUUUGUUUUGUGGCUGAACUGAUGUUUGGGUUGAAAGUUACUACACAGAUCACAGGAUAUUAAGUCUGUGUUUUUUUCAUUUAGAGUUUUUCAGACCAUUUUAAACACUCUGCAUCUUUCUGUUUUACUGUAAUCUGACCACAAGUUUGUGAUAUUAAUGUAGUGGUGUCACUGUGAAAAGUUUUUCCAACUUAUCACAUUGUUUUGUUUUGUUCAGAAAAUGUGACCUGCAGCCUCUUUAAAACCAAAGUGCUUGCUUUGCUGAAUAGUGGCCUUUGUGGUUUCUAUUUUGAGCGUUUAUUUUUUAAAGCACUUAUAAAUUAAUGUUUUAAAGGCAGAAAACAUUUGCAUAUGAAAUGUGAAAAUAAAAAAAUAAUGUCAACUUUU